AUGACUCGAAAUAUCACGACGAAUCAUCGCCGACGGGAUGAUCUCAACGAUUAUUGGUUUGAAAAGAUCGCCGUGGAAUCUAAAACUGCAGAAGAAAUUCGAGCACAUACAGUUCCGGAAAACCUUACGCCAGUUGCGAAAACAUUGGCAUUGCUAGAUUCUCAAUCGGAUAUUCAACGUCUAGCGGGCAUUCGUUCAGUACCAUCGAUUGUAAUUUCAUAUCCCGUUGAAGGUUCACAGCAAAUACUACCGAAAUUUAAAGCAAUCAUUGAACAGACAGUUGAUAGUGAAGAACACGUAGUUGGUGCUGAAGCUAUUGUAUUGAUGAUUCAACAACAAGCAUUGUCAUAUUCUGACUUUAUGUCUUGCUUUUCACAAAUGAUAUGCGGAUUUCUGUUUCCGACAACUACAAAUCGUUUUUCCACAGAUUUCGGUGGUAUAUGGUGCCAAGCACUAUGCAAUACGAUCGAUGCCUUUCCAAGUUCAACAUUAUUCACUUCGUUGCUCGAUUUGAUCUUCAACCGUAUUCUACACGGUUCAUAUGUUCGCGAUCGCUUAGCUAUCAUUCUAGCCAAACUGUCAUAUCGAUUACCAUCACAAGCAGUGGAAAAUCGUUUACUACCUGUAUUCAAGAAUUUCAUCAACGAUACCAAUGCUGAUAUUCGUGCACUUGCUUGUGAGAAACUACCAAUUCUUGCGCAAUCACUCGAGUCUGAUAAAGUAUCCACAUUAAUUCUACCAUUACUUGUCAUAUUAUCCAAAGAUGAGAAUCUGACUGUCCGUCAAACAUGUUUAGAAUCAUUGUUGAUACUUCACAACGAAUUAAACGAGCCGAAAUGGAAUGAACAAGUUCGAGAAAUGAUCACUUCUCUUGUUAAAUUUGGUUUGUCGUCAAGAACAUCAACAUUUCUGACAAGUAUCGCCGUACAUCUUCCUGAGAUAUGUCAUGCGUUUACUAUUUUUAAUGUUAAUGAAGCCAGUUUUAUUCAAGAAAUGUUUCUACGACUAACUCAAGAAAAAAACAUUCCAGCUUGCCGCUUAGCAUGUGCGAAACAUUUCACGUCAGUCGUCGAUUAUCUCGACCAUGAACAAUUCACAAGGGAAUUAGAAGAUACAUUUCUUCGUUUUUGUAAAGAUAAUGACGUGAACAUUUGUUCAACAAUGCCAUCGACAAUAAUUACUCUUGCCAAACUCUAUUGUAAUAAGAAUGAGAAAAAUGAUGUGUCAAUCAUUUGGAAUGGGUUUCUGAUGUUAUUGGAGAAUACCAAUCAUGAUGUGAUGUUUGCAAUAGCAAGACACUUGCUGGAUAUUUUUAAGAUUUUUUCACGAGAUAAAAGCGAAGGUUUUAUCAAUGGAACAAUUUGUUCAACAUCAGCAGUUCCUGAUCCUGAAAUAUUUGUAAACUCUCUUCUCGAAUAUGAACGGCGGAUAUUUGAAAUGACGCUUUCAUGGCGUUCGUAUAUUUUAUGUCUUCAAGCAUUCGUUCAUCUACCGUGUUUAUUAUCAAGUGAAUUAAUCCAAACGAAAAUCUUACCGCGUAUCUUUUCACGUAUAUUUACUAGACAAGUCUGUGUUCGUGAAGUCGCCGUGGAUAGUUAUGUUCAAUCAUUACGAAAAAUACCUCGUCGAUCAGUAAGAAAAAAUGCCUUUCAAAAACUAAAGACUGAUCUACUAUUGAAUAAAUCCUAUCAAUGGCGGCUUAUGUAUAUAAAAGUUUGCCGGCAAAUCCUUGUACAUUACUCGAAACGUUUUUUCAAAGAGAAUUUUCUCGAAACAGUACUUUCUAUUGGAUUCGAUCCGGUUCUCAACGUCCGUAUUCAAUUUAUUCCAUUACUAAUCGAAAUCAAAUCUAUUCUUCGUCUACCAGCUGACCGUCAAUCUAUCUCAAGAAUUGAGACGAUGAUGGAAUGUUUUCUCGCCUCGAAAACGAUCACAUUACAUGAUCUGGCCAAUAACGGUCUCUUACAGCUAGAUCAAAUUCGUUCCUAUAAGCCCAUUUCAGUCUUCUCAGCUCAUUCGUCCGAUGAUGAGAACGACCAAAAUAAAGAAAACGAAGAGGAACUUCUCGAUGAACUAGAUUCGUCAUCGCGUCGUUCAUCGAACAAGUCCAAUGAACAAUAUGCAAUAACGAAACGUUUGACAGAUACAACGAUAUCAAACAAGCCGAAUCCACCCGUCAAAAGUCCUCGAUUAUCGAAACCGUCGUCGGAUGAACAACAUCGCCGAUUAUCUGUGACUAAACAACGGCGUCGCCAAUCACUUGUCGACAGCACAGCAUCACGUAUACCACAUCAAACGACAAUUAAAAAGAAUAUCAAAUGUAUGAAAACGAUUUUGAAACAAAAAGACGAUGCAAUAUGA